AUGGGACAUGCUCAGUCCAAGCGCAAGAAACAACGCCAGGGUCGAGCUCGCCGAAGAAUCGAACACGUGACACAUGAGCAAACACGCUACUCUCUACAGAAUCAGGAAAAUCAGACUUCCAGAACUGAAUUACAGCGAAAUGAAAGAAGAUCUGCUGGAAAAUCUGGAAGAUGGAGAGAACCGAGUCCGGAGAAAAUCGACACACUUGAACGGCGCCAGCGCGAAGCUGUAAAUAGAACGAAGCGUAAUCGCAGUCAUUCAAGAGAUUCUAGAGGAAGAAGUCCUAAACGUCAUUCCAGAUCCAACCUCGAAAAUUCAAAAACGCAGCUGCAACCACAGAAAAUGUCGAGCGAGAAAUUUCAGACUUUGGCGCAGCGGAAUUCGGAAGCGCAACGAGGACGGAAUUUUUCGAGAAGAUCUGGAACUUGGUUUUGCGUUGUUCGUUGUCGCUCGGAGCCGCCCUUAGAUCGGCAAAGUAAGGUCAAUCUCAGAGCGCCGAGAAAAUCAGCGAGUGCUAGUCCGCCGAGAAAAGUGAGAAGGGAACUUGAAUUGGCGCCGUUUUAUCAAAAUGGAUUGAAGCCUUUUGAAAGCCAAAAACAACAGUUCAAAAAACCGUCGAAUGUGGUACAGAAUCAUCCGCGAAAAAGCGCGGAAUCCUCCGCGACAGCCGUUCCCGCUAGAAUGACAAAUUAUCGGGAAGAAGAAGGCUUAGCGAGGGUAGAUCGCUCAUUUCAACCGCGAGACGGGACAGAAAACGUGAUCAGCGCGGCGCAGCACGACGAAAUUGGCAUUUCCUUCGAACAGGUGGAGCCGAAACUCUUUCGAUUAUUCGGAAGCUCGGCGAAGAGCGGCCCCAUUCCUCAAACAAACAGAGUGGCUCCACGUGCACUUCGGCGCAGCUUUCCAAAUCUUACCUCCCAAACGAGCCGGAAGGAGCACGACCUCAAGCCAAAGCAAAAUUUCAUCUCUCGAACAGCAAAAGACAAAUCAGUUUCCGAAACACGUCUUCAAAAACUCGCCGCUCAGCAUUUUCCAAAACCGCCAAUUCCUCCUCGAAAACAGAAGCUUUCUGAGCUCGCGCACUUAGUCCAACAGACAUCACCAAAACUGACCAAACACGAGCCCGCCUAUCAGCAGCAAGCAAACAUAAACCACAACAACCAAAAUCACAAUUACGGCAGCGUGGAGACCCUUAAUUCUCUCUCAAGUCAAAGUGGAAGCUAUCACUUGCCGUCGAGCGCGAAUUUCUCGACUCUACCGGAUCGUUCUCUUGCAGAAAGUCCUCAUGCAGUGCAUCUCUCGGAUUCGGCAAAGAUUUCAGCGUACUCAGAUGAUUCUGAAGAAGGCGAUGAUGAUGAUGAUGCUCUUCAAAUUCGAACAAUACCUCAAAUACCUCCCCUGACAGUAGCUGAGAAAAAUAACGAUCCAGGAGAAUCCAGAUACAGUCCGGAAAUUGGGAGAAAGAAUUUAUUGUGGUCCAAUCCGGCACCUUUUGGAUCUCAGCCACUUCAAAGAGUGAUUCGAUCAGUCCAAGCUCCCAUUCAAAAGCCUCAAAAUCUUCACUGGCCGCCAGUCAACGAAUUCAAGCCAGUUCAAAAAUUUACCCCCGCUGGACGCUACCAGAAAAACAGCAUAAACUCACCUCCUCCAGUUCCACUUCGGCCGCCUCAAAUCAAUCAUCAACGAAACGGUCUUCAUGAAUUUUCUGUCUCACCCGAACGAUUAAGGCCAUCUACUGUGGCAAGAGAAAGGCCAAGAUCGGAGGUGCAAGAUCGUGUGUAUAAGGAUAUUAUAUUCGAUAACACGGAAAGAUCUUCAAAUCUGAUUAAAUCAGGCCUUCCGAAAACGCUACGUCCCUCGAUUGAAGAUCUCGUUUCCAUUUUGGCCGAGCCUAUUCCGCCGCGCAGUAAAAAGUCUCACAGAUUCCAAAGCUCGGAUUUCCCAUCCGAAGAGAAUCUGAUUAACGAGCUAAAAACGGAGAAAAAACGACCCGGGAUCUUGAAAAACGCGAACACCCACACUUCUUCAAGAGUCGUCGAAGUGCUCUACCACGAACCGAAAUCAAGGAAGACUCCAAUUCAUCAGAACGAUUCUUCCCGCUGGAGCGCUCCAUACGACCCGCCAAUUUUUCUGGGAGAGGAUGACUUUGGAAAUAACUGGAUAGACCUCACACAACCUGCUAGAAACUCUUACCUCAAUGAUGACUAUUGA